UGUUCCAUUUCCAAGAAACACAUCCCGACUUCAUCAACGGCUGGAUGUCAGCGAUCAACAUGCAACUUGUGUGGACGCCUGACACGGCAAGACUCCAAAAUCAGAAGACCUAUCUCGAAGACCUUUUGUCAAAGACGGCCACGACGCUCCACACUCUCCGAGAGAAGCAGACACGCACAGACCGGAUUCUGGCCACUGGACCUUCUCCGCGGACUAAGAAAAAGAGGAUUAUGCAGACACGAUGGCGGACGGGCAAGACGAUUAAGACAUGUGAGAAUGAAGAAAGGGUGAUAUUGGAUUGCCUUAAAGUUUGCAACAACAAUCUUCAGGCUUUGCAGACUCUGGAAGCAUGCAAUUAUCCUGCAUUGAGCGAGCCGAAUUUCACACCUCUCUCAUGGUACACGAACGCUACUCCAGACACCCCAGGGGUUGACUUAUGGAAUGGGUUCGGGGACCAAUGUUCUCCCUUCCAGAAACAGUCUCAAUACAUGACAGCUCAGGAUGUCGAGGUUGCACCACAUCUCACCUACGAAGAAGCGGUGCUCGAAACCCUCCAACCCUCGGCCCACACGCUGGUGCAGUUUCCCGUACCUAGUGCUCGACGACAGGCAUUCAGACAGUCCCAACCGUCUCUUUUGAGCCCAUUGGCGACGACGUUCCAGCCAGACGAGGAAAAGCAUGGCACAUCCCCCGUCAAAGACAAGCUCACGCUGGCCGGGCUGCUCUCGUCCAACCGUGUCCGGCAGCUGCGGUCGCUGCCAAAGCGACGAUUCUCGGAUGCUGCUGUGGGCCACCUUUUCAGAUGCCUGUCUCAGCCCAGGUUCGAUAAGGAGGUCAAGUAUGCCAGCUGGAGCCCUGGACCGAGUUCGGAGAGUACAGAUGAAGAGGACACGAUUAUGGCGAUCAGACGGAAGACGCGGCUUCGUUCGACGGCAUUCUGACGUGCUGGCUAUAUCCUACCCGCCCCGGCUUGUACAUGAUGCACGGUGUUGUGUUUAGCGGCGGGGAAGCGUGAGUUGCAGACAAUACCUUGUUAUGUAUUGUCAUAGUAUUGAAACCUUCGUUCUGUCCUUGUCGAUCUCCUCGAGUCGGAAACGGUCUUUACGGGUUCUCGUACUCAGCUUUCGAAGUCUUGGUUCUGGCGUUGCGACACGGGUGGUUACAGGUAGUACGCCGCAGUAGAUCCCAAUGCUGUCCCCGUCGUUAUGUAACAGUAAAAGCCAAACGCGACGGGCUGCGACUGAGUGA